AUGAUCAAGAAUAAUAUCCUGAAUAGUGUGGCUUCAAGAUUUCUGAUGUGCCUGCAAAGUGACGAAAUAAACUCUGCAGAGCGUCUCUUCUUCAUUCUGGAAGAGGCGCAUUGGUUUAUAAUAGACGUAUACAACAUCACAAGCAUUUCGUUUGUAGAGUUCAGCAAGCAGCUUCUUGCGCAUGUUGGAAUUGAGACAAAUGUCGAUGAGUCUCUAAAGGCAUUCAUAAAAUACAGACAGUCAGUGAAAGUGUUUGGAGCAAUAUUACUCGAUCCUAGCAUGACGCAUGUCCUUGUCGUUAAGGAAAAGAAAAAGCUGAAAAACUAUUCGUUUCCAAAAGGCAAGAAAUGCAUGAAUGAGAAUGGCAUUGACUGUGCCACCAGAGAGGUUUAUGAGGAGAUAGGAUACGAUGCAGGUAGUAAAAUAUGCAACUUGCCAAUCUUCAUCUUCGAAAAGAUUACCUUCUACUUCGUAUUCAAUGUAAAAACAAGCUAUCCAUUUAAAACACAGACAAAGAAAGAAAUUGAUGAAAUAAGGUGGAUACCGAUCAAAACAAUUAUGCAAGGUGAAUGCAAGAAAAGAUAUUCUAUUGUCAAUACUGCAUUAAAAAAGGCAAAAAACUUGAUAUUUACACUGAAGAAGUCCAGAUUCAGACUCAAUGUAAAGAAAAUAAUGCAAAGCAUAGAUAAAAAAAUGGAAUCAUAUAUUUAA